GCACAGGGUGGGUCGGUCGAGCAGAGACGUUUGAUUAAGCGCUAACGACUGACUUAAGGGAGUUUAACACACCGGCGAGACCAACAGACUACAAUGGCGACCGCAGCGUAUCACCUAAAGCAGGCUCUGAUCUGGGCAGUGAUCUGUCUGAUGGCAGGAGAGGUUAUGGGCAAUAAGGACUACUUCCCCAAAGAGAUGGCAACAAGACAGAGCAACCUGGACAAAAUCCUUGCCAAAGGCAAAGGUCACCGCCCUGUUGGUGCUCUAUUCAAACCGCAGGAGCUCUCAAAUCUUCAGGAACAAGUGCGGAUGUUUCUGGCAGAUGAAACACUGAAAGUUUACAUCAACAUUCUCACCAAAAUACACGACAACAUGCAGACCAAGGGGGAAAGGGAUGACGUGGACUACCUGAAAAGCAAAAUGGAGGAACUGAGGACAAAUUACUUUAAUGAAACACAGAAACAGUUUGAAGUCUUCAGCCGUAACCUCAAGGAGCUGCAAGCCAUCGAUGUAACUAAAGAGGAAGUCCAACGCAAAGCCAUUUACGAGAUGAAGAGGGUCUACAACCAGGUGUCUGCUGUUGGGUGGGCCUCCAAAAACCAGUCCAAAAACCCAAUCAGCUCCCGUCGUAGACGGCAGCUCAGACGUCGAUCAACCAAACCUAGGGCAUAGAGCCCAUCUAGAGAUACUGCUCAUUUACUACUCAAAAUCAGUAUACGUCAAAAAAUACUGUAUACAUGGUGCCUCUAUUUAUAUUUAUUUAUACUAUUUCAAAUAUGCACAAUACAAUGUAUUUUAUGUGAGAAAGUAUUUAUUUUUCUAUUUAUAUUAUUUUUUGAUAAUGUUUUCAACUG